AUGGCUGAAUCAUUCGCUGAGAGACAAAAAGCUUGGACUGUAUGUGGUAAACAUCAAAAAGAGUCCGAACUGUUCUGUGUGGAUGAAGACAGAGCUGUGUGUCCUGUCUGUGAUUUUCCUCACCAGCAGAGUCACAGAUUGAUUCCUGUACAUGCUGCCGUUUAUGUUCUGAAGGAGCAGCUGAAAUCUGAAAUCAAGUCUCUGCAGGACAAGAGGAACAAAUAUAAACAAGUAGAGGAAACAUACAAUGAAGUGAGGGAACACAUGAAGAAGCAGCUGUUGUCCACAGAGAGGCAGAUCAGAGCAGAGUUCAACAAGCUCCACCAGAUCCUGAAAGAGGAAGAGGAGUCCAGACUGGCAGCUCUGAGGGAGGAAGAGGAGCAGAAGGGGAAGACUAUCAGCAGAGAGAUGAAGAUGAUUGAGGAGCAGAUCUCCUCUCUGUCAGACAGCAUCUCUGCUGUUGAAGAAGAGCUGCAACAACACGGCGUGCCAUUCCUCAGCAGUUAUAAAGACACUCAGAGCAGAGCCAGAGCCCAGAGCUCAGUGUCAGAUCCACAGCUGGUCUCAGGAGCACUGAUAGAUGUGGCCAAACACCUGGGCAACCUGUCCUUCAGAGUGUGGGAGAAGAUGAAGGAGAAGGUCCACUUCAGUCCUGUCAUUCUGGACCCAAACACUGCAAACCGCUGGCUCUAUCUGUCUGAUGAGCUGACCAGUGUGAGACGUGGAGACACAAAGCAGCAGCUUCCUGAUAAUCCAGAGAGAUAUAUUAAGCACACCAAUGUCCUGGGUUCUGAGGGCUUCAGGUCCGGGAAACACAGCUGGGAGGUGGAGGUGGGAGACCAUCCUCGUUGGAAUGUGGGUUUGGUUAAAGAGUCAGAUGACAGGAAGGGAGAGCAUUCUGAUUCACCAAAAUAUGGAAUCUUCUGUUUAAGAAAUCGCAGUGGAAAAUACACUAAUGGUGUUGGUGAAACUGUGACAGUGAGGAAGAGUCUCCAGAGGAUCAGAGUCCACCUGGACUAUGACAGGGGGGAGGUGUCCUUCUAUGACUCUGAAGACAUGACUCACAUCUACAGUCACAGAGACACUUUCACUGAGAAACUUUUCCCAUAUUUCAGUAUCGGAAACAAUGAAGAUACUAAUACCUUUGAUAUCAGUGUCUGCCAGACUAAGAUUUAA